AUGAUGUCACCAAGGGCUAUAACGGGCCAUGGGACACGGGGCACUGCAGGUGGGCACCACCUCAGCCUCUGCCACCCCAGCAGUGUUGGGAUCCCACCACUGGGACCCCAGCAGGUCACUGGGGAAGCUCGUCCCCAGCCUGUGCUGGUGACCUGGAGUGGCAGGGAUGGUGCCAUGAGGUCCCUGGACGUGUUCACCAUGGGGGAGCUGGUUGCAGUCCUGAUCCUGGUGCUGCAGCUCAUCCUGGUCGCUGUCGUGCUGCGGGACAAGCGUCUCUGGAGGAUCCUGCAGAACUGGAGGUGUCCAAGGGCAGCGAGAGCCCAGCCGGAGGAGCAGAGCAGCGUGGACAGGGCGCAGGAAUGGGUGGACACGUCCCCUGGCAGCUCCCAACGAAGUUCCAUGAGCUACAGGAAGCAUUUCCCAAGGUUCAUCCAAAGCUCCCAGGACUCCCCGGCGCUCAUUGAGGAGCAGCACAGCGAGCUGAAGGCACAGCUGGCCCAGCAGCAAUACAGAGGAGGGGACUGCAGGGUGCUCCAGACCGAGGUGCCACUGGAGCUGCCGGGUCUGCUGGGGGGCAGAGAGUCUCCCCAGUGCCUUGCAGUGGAGCUGCCAGGGCCGGACAUGAAUGAGGGGACAGAAGAAGCCAAACAUAAGAACACAGGACAGUGCAGCAGGGACUACACGACACUGCAACGCAGAAGAUCCGUGCUGAUGGCCAGGCUGCUCCCUAGACUAGUGGUGAUUGUAAAUCCCACAGUGUUGGAAAGCAGCAGCAGCAGCAGCAGCAGCAGCUCCAUGGAGGUGCAAUUCAGCAGCACCACCACUGGAUGGUUCCCGGGGAAGCUCCGUGCCUGGCUCCAGAGAUACCUGGAAGCCUCGCAGACACGCUUUGUUCAGCGCCGCCGGGGCUUCUGCAUCCGUCUGAGGUCCCAGCGGUGGUGGCGGCGCUGGACCCAGAGGAGAAAAGGGCGUAGUAAUCAUGAGUAGUCAGGGAGGGGUGGAGGAAUGGGGUGCUUCAGGAUCCACCUGGACAGCCCAAUCCCUGUCCCUCUCCAGAUCCCCCUGUAGAGCCCUCCUGUCCUGUAGUAGACACACACUCUCACCCAACCUGUCCUCUGCAAACUGACUGAGGGUCCCCUCCUCUUCCCCACCCACCAGUGCUGUAGCACCAUCAUAGAAAAUCACCAGUUUUGUCAAACAUGAUUUUGCCUUUAUAAAGCCACGUUGGCUGUUUCCAGUCA